AUUGUCACUCAAAAGAGAAAACGAAAGAAGCAAAGUAUACCAGAAUGGACCAUAUUCCCCGUCUAUCAGAGGUCGUGUAUGUUGGUCUGUGUCGUAAGAUUGGGGCACCGACAGAAGUGGCCAUGCGAAGGGACAUAAUGGACAUGGAAGAGAUGAUAAAUAAACACUUAUAUAUGCAUAUAGGUGGAUGGAUGAAUAGUGGUAGCUAUAGAGAGGGAUUUAGGUUUGCGUCAUCUGACGUAGAUAUAAUGUUUUGGUCUUGGAAUCAUAAACUUAUAACUGACAUCUCCCAGCUCCGAGUCUAUGAUCCAUCAGCUUACGAAAUCAUUCUAAUGGAAGAUUCAGACACACCACCAGGAUUUGUCACAUUACGCCUUCUGACACCACAAAACAGUCGCUUGAUUUUAAGUCUUGUUCCCUUCAAGGAUGGGGUUUUUAUAUCUAGUUCUUUGUGGAGAGAAGAUUAUUUUCAGACUCUAAUAAAUAAUGAGUAUUUCCAACAGACAAAUAUCACCAUCCAUGGCCCUUGUUCCUCUGGUUUCGUGGGAGAUCUCGAAUUCGAUCAUGCUGUUUGUUUUGCCUCUAUAUUUUGGCCUAAGAUAUCGGGAGGUUGGGUUGACAGAUGUCAGAGGCACACCUGGCCGCCGAUACCUGUGUUAGAAAAAAUUCUAAGAAAUGGAUGUCAUUGUGUACCUAUUGGAAGUAAAAUUGAAUCAACUUCUUACGAAUUGGAAUGUAGAUUGUCAUUUUCUCAAGCCGAAAAACAGCUAGUAUGUACCAUGAAUCAUACACAAUUUUUAUGUUAUGGCCUUCUGAAAAUAUUUUUGAAGGAAGUAAGUUAUUAGUUACGGAAAGGAAACAAUACUGUGUUCAUAUUACCUGAAGAACACGAUGUUUUGGAUGAUACAACUUGGACCCGUUAGAUGGUAUCCAAGCAAUCUAUUAGAUUGCUUCUGGAGGUGUUUAAAAUAUCUCAUACACUGUGUUUUUCGAGAAGAUUUUCCUAACUUUUUUGUUCCACAGAACAACAUGUUCAUAAACAAAGUAGUCGGUGUUACACGUGAAUCUCUUUUACAACAGCUUUAUCAGUAUUACAGAAUGGGUGUUUCCUGUCUAGUGCUGAGUCCCACUCUCAGAUCAAUACUAGAACAAGCCCUCAGUAGUCCGUCCUUUGUAGUAUCCCCUGCUAAUGAAGGAGAAUUCAUAGAUAUCACAGUUCUUGAUAUACAUGCUAUGUAUGAAAUUUUUCAGAUGCCAGUUGCUACUGAACACGAAAGAGCUUUUUAUACCUUUUUGAAAUCAAUUGAUACACUGUCGCGGUUAUCACAGUCAACAUACCAAUCACUGACAUUACAGAUUUGUACAACUGAGAUUUUUGUUCGCUUUUCUUUCUUGGUGGCAAACAGGCCUAGGUCUUCAAGCUACACACACAAAAACGUCUACUUUGUGGAUAAAAGUAUAUUAAACAUACUGAAACUAGCUGCAAAGUUAGGUCCCGUGUCCUAUUUAUUGUAUCUAUCACUAUAUUACUAUAUAUCAGGCAGAUAUAAUAAAACACUACAUAUAACUUCUGUUGCUAAAAACAGACUGUCAAAGUUUUUUGAUUUGCGUAGAAAUAUCAUGGACAGUGAGGAUAUAGAAAAUCUCCCCUUGUUCUGGAAGAUGAAAAUACUUUGGCAAACCACUGUAGCUAUCAAUAGCCAUUGUGAUAGUUAUAAUAUCCGUUUUGAAGAAAUAAAGUUAGAACAAGAUGUGAGUAAACUAAAUGCAAAUCCAAUCUUACACCUACCACCGUUUGUUUUGGUAGAAAUGUUGUCAGUAUUAUCCCACCAUAAACUAGGAAACAGAUUUCAGUGUUUACAGUCCCUGACAGACCUACAGACACUGCUGCUCUGUGAUGAGGGGACAUAUGUGCCUUUAUUUUCAAGAGACCUUUCCUGGCAGAUACUUGGAAUCUGUCAGGAACUUGUGGGAGACUUUCAUGGGGCUUUGCAAUCUUAUCAAGAGUCGCUUAAACAGGAACCAUAUCACAAAAUACGGGAAGCUACAUAUAUUAGAAUACUAGCAGCCGAUAUAAAACAACAAUUUAACAGAAUUAGACCAGGCAUAAUCAAUUAGACUUUAUAAUGAGGGGACAUAUAUGUGCCUUUACUUUCAAGAAACAUAUCCUGGCAGAUACUAGGAAAUUGUCAACAAUUUGUG